GAAGCUUGUUUUAUUUAUCGGGCACAAUAAUGGCUGCUACUCAACGACUCUGUCAUUUUUUGCUCCAUCCACUCGACAUUGGAGGGUCACGGAUGUUUCUAUCGUCCCUUUGAAGCCGCCAUUACCGCCGUUGCUUCCCUGGCCUGGCUGCUUACCCAUAAUGCAUUGCCAGAGGGUUUUGUGUGUCUCAGACAGACCAAUGUAACCGUCGCUGCUGCCGCUGCCGCUUCACCACAGCCACUCCACUCUCCACAGCAACACAGCAGAAAGGUCCUUUCCUGGUUGAUCUUUUUUCAUUAUCUUGCUGAAAUCAUGUCUGGCCCAGGCGACUUACCAGCCAUUGAAGGUUCUGGGAUGGGCGGCAUGAGGCUCCCCAUCGGAAUGACCCGACGAGCCCUCAGCUACGACGAUAACCUGGAGGCCCCCAUGUCCACGCCACCCCAUGACAUCAACAUCAAUAACCUGUGGAGACGACCAAUCGUACCGGAAAGGAAGUUCACACACCUGGCUGAGGAGGAUGAGAGUGGUGCAGUGACUCAGUCUACAGUGCCAGACAAUGCCCCCUCCAGGUCACCAGGUGUAGUGAAAGCCAAGGCCUCCUCCAUCAUCAUAAAUUCACUCAUCACAAAGCAGACUCAUGAUAGUAUGUACAAGUUUGAGCAGAAGGUGGGGUUAACCGAUGCCAGCUACACUCCCCACAAAGGCCUGACCGCUGAGGAGACACGAAACCUCCACCGCAUGCCCGACUCCUUCCAGAAAAUGCAGAUCCAGAGCAUGGAGGCCAGAGAAGAGCGGCAGAAUUCCUCCGCCCAGUCCACCCCAUCCAACACACCACACAGCUCCCCAAAACAAAAGCGCAGGAGCUGGUUCAACAGUACGAAUUCAGACGUCAGCAUGAGUUCCUCCAACAGCAGUGUGGACAUGGGAGGAGGAGACAUGGCAGCAGCAGGAGGAGUUGGAGGUGUGGUGGAACGGUGGGGUGUGUUUGGGCCGCGCCCGUUUGUCCAGAAGUCCACCUCUGACCUGGGAUCCGACACUACGGCUGGAGCAGGAUUUGCGCUGCAGGCUUACCGUGGUGCCCAGAAGCCAUCGCCCAUGGAGGUAAUGAAGACACAGACCACACGGCUGGGUGACAAUCCUGCUGAUCAGAAGGCGUGCCCCCCCAAAAUGGAGAUUCCCACAGUGGAGGGUCGGAGGCAGGGAGCACGACCACACAAGCUCAAACCCAGAGACAUGAACAUCCUGACGCCCUCUGGCUUCUAG